UUUGACCAUUGCAGUGAAGCAAAACUCCAAACAGACAACGCUAUAGGAUUUACUGGACGAACGCCGAAGACACUGUGCAGUAUUUUCCUGCAGCUGGAAUUUUGCUUGAAGGAGUUAUGGUAGUAGCAGCUAUUGACAGAGCCAUUGUCAAUAGACAAUACUGAUAAAUGGAAUGGAAGGUAUAACAGAUUACUUUUUUCUCGCAGGAUUAUCAAAGCGUCUUCUUUCCAAAGAGAAGGUCGUUAAUGAUGAAGGCCGAACAGCUACAGAUAAUCAUUCGACGGUUAAUGAGCAACUAUCGGAGGAUACAGAGCCGAGUAGUGCCAACCCGACGACAUCGUCUGCAUCGUUAGACGAGAAUGUCACUGAUGGCGACGAUGAUGUGCUGGAAGAACGAAAGAAUGUACUUCUGUUACGCCGAAACACAACCAGAAGUGUUCGUAGACAAUCUGUCGAUGGGCCACCAUUCAGCCCGGGCGGCAGUUUGGAUCAAUUAAACAACUCCGAAACCCUUCUCUCCCAUACUCUUAGCCGAAAAAGCUUCAGCGGCACUUCAAUUGCUCUUGGAGACGCUUCGUUGUCACAUAAACGAAACAAACGAGUCAGCAUUGGCACCGUGCAUACAAACUUGGAUGCCUAUGAAGCUUAUGUUGCAUAUCCAGAACCCCUCGUAUACCCAGAUCAUGUUCAUCCUUUUAAACGAAAAUACCCACCAUCCCUUCUUUUCAAAUACCCUAAGAGUCAGGCGAAAACUAACUUUGCUAUUCGCUGCAACUUCCCAAACUUUUUGCCCAUGUUUGCUUUCCCCAGCGAUAUCGAAAUACAACAAUCGGAUACUCGUCCGGAGUCCACAUAUCAUUCAUUUAUGUUGACAGACCAAGAUGGCACUCGUCUUUUUGGUAUGUGUCUUGUCACAUGGAUACCCAUAUCCAACUCAUUGUAUAAGUUGUUUGAGGCAGAGUGUGAAACUUGGCGCAAGACGCAUGUACCCGUUGAGGAACGUGAGCUCGCACAAAGUUUUUCUACAAAACUCAUAACAGAACGUUCGAGAUUGUCCAAGCUCCUUAUUCGCAUGUCCAAGUGUUCACUCAAAGAUCAGCGAUAUCAGCAAUAUUUAUCUGAAGAAGUUAGCCAGUGUGAAGAACGUAUUUCUGUAUACACAGACUUACUAAAACCUGUUCGUCACGGCAUCCCCAGUAGUGUUCAUGGCUUAACAAAUGCUACGGGUAUUUGGGCCCCUCAGGCCUAUGGAAUCCUAAGUCGGUAUCCUCAAUUUGAACCGUUUUAUCGGGAUUGGCUGAAGGUUACAUGCAGUAGCAUGCAGCUUGACAAUCUGGAGUUUGUGUCUUCAAUGUUGAUGGAGAGACUUAAAGCUCUAUCCAUCCCAGCACACAUCAGCAAUCUUUGUGAACAAGUACCCGUCCCUCCUCAAGGCCUCCAAAAGUUCGCUGUUACUUGCGGACCUCUUCAGCUGUUUGCAUCGCGGGCUCCUUCAAAUGAGAUUGAGAAUUGGGAUGCUAUCGAUAUGUAUCCUCUAUUCCGUUCGCUCAGCGCUGAAAACAUUAUCACUUUGUUUGAGGCUGCCCUGAUGGAAUGCAAAAUUGUUUUUGUUUCAAAAACUGCAGCUGCCCUGGGCUACGUUAUUCGUACUCUUUGUCAGCUUAUAUAUCCUUUGACAUGGCAAGGGCUGUUAAUUCCGGUGUUGCCACGAAGGUUGUUUUCGUGUCUCGAGGCACCGUGUUCAUACAUCAUCGGAGUAGAGGCACCUUGUAAUCAUUUACAAGCUUUGUGUGCAGAUGAAACUACCACUCUUGUGAUUUGUGACUUAGACUCUAACAACGUGCGUGUUGACGGUCACCUAGAACGGCUUCCUCCGCUAAUUAGAACAAAACUGGCUUCUUCCCUGCGAUUUUCCGUCCCUAUGCAUCAUGACUUUCGAGUACCGUAUGGUGUUCCGGAGUAUGUCAAAAAGUCUUACCCUUCACACAUUGUACCACUGCAUCCUUCUUCCCAUUCACGCAGACCGUCCCGAUUCUUAGUGCCUGAACUAUUAAGCCUGCAUUCUUCUUCGUUAAAGUCAUGCAAAAGCAAACCUAUCCGGCCUGUUUUAAACGCCUUUGCUCCCCCGAAAACUUUAGACAAACAGUACCUUACACCGUCACAGCCGAGAUUCUCCCUCAAUAUUAGAAGAACACCGUUAUCAUCUGUGCGUGAGUAUCCAUCCAUGGAAGAUUUGUCACGCGCGACACCUCACCAGUCUCUCGAGGUUCGUCCUUCAUCAGCUAUGCGUUACCGCCGCUCUGUUUCUGCCAUGUCUGCUUAUCCCUACUACGCAUCUACUCUAAGCUCUUAUCCCGACAAGUCCGACUUUAUGUCAUUAAACACGUACGCAUUAGCAGGGCAACAAGCCAAGCAGGACGCAGAAAUGGCAGCAGAGCUGUAUCAUGAAGGUCACGCAUUUUUGCCAAUAAAUUCUGGCAGUGCAAAUGUACCGGAUGUUGUUGCGUGCUCAAUUACUGGAGAGAUUUUGGAAGGUGUUUUCCUUCGUUGUAAAUCGUGCGGUGUUUCUGUGAAACCCGAGCUUUUGGAUUACGUUGUGCUUCCAUGUCUGCCAGCGUGUUUUGAUCAGCAGCGGGUGGAGGCUGCAUUUUUGCGUGUUUUUACUCGAGUGCUCAUGAAUUACAGAGGUUUCUUGACAAAAACCACGAAGAAGCAAGGUCCUAAACUUUUGAUUCAAGGUGGAAUUUUCUUUAAUCAGAACAAAUUCGUAAAAAAAUUACGGAAGCAGUAUGGUAACUGGAUAUUCGGUCUUGCACAAACGCAAGCGUUGAAUGAAUUCAUGAACGCAAGAUGUCAACAAACAGCCUCACAGCCAGACAUCAAAAUGUUUGACGAGUUCCUUCAGAUUGAAAGGAACAGAGGAAGACCUAUCAUGUUUGGGAAGUCUACACCGUUCCUGUCAAACUCUACGCUUAAGCACGCAUUCAUUCACAAGCUUCAGACUCCCACGGCACCUUCGAAAUAUCUUGAUGAAAAUGCUGGUGUCCUGUCAAGCAAAGAGAUUUAUGGUAAAGAUAAUUUUGGUGAGUGAUUGUAUCUCUUAAUGUUCCUUUUUUUUGUUCUGAACGAUUAAUAAACUAAUCAAUGAGAUAACAUGGUAACGCUAAUAUGAAAGAGUAAUCACGAUAUUAGGUGGUGUGUUUUUGAAACCGUUCCUGGGCAAGCUUCCUUAAAUGUUCUAUAGUUUCUUGUUCCUUUAACUCUUUUUCAUGUAACCGUUUUUGGAAUUGCUCAAUUUUUUCAAGAUCGGCUAUUUUACGUUUUUGCUCAAAUCCCUGUUGUCGCAUUCUUUGUCGUUCGAUGCGUUCUUGGAUAGUUUCUUCAGACCCCAUUAAACUUUUUUCAUCAACAUUUAGGUCGUCUUCCGCUUCAUCGCGGUAAACUUUGUUCGCAUAACUUUUCAGUCUCUUCUUUUGUAAGCUUGCUUGUUUACUGCCGGACGGUUCCCGUGGAGCAAUUUCGUCUAGAAGCUCGGUCUCUUCUCGCUUUCGUCGAGCAAAUUGUGUUUUCCGUUCCACCGUUUGCUCUUCAUGUUGACGACUUUUAACUUCUUCUUGUUUGUAUAAAUCAUCCAGUGUGGGUCUUGCUGGUCCUAAAACAACAUUUCGGGAGCGUUUGAGGGAGGGAUGCUUGUACCAAGUUUCAUCCAUGCGCUUAUCAUUCCAGCGCUUAACAAAACGACGCCACAAGUCGUAACGGGAGCGCUCAUUUUCCUUGUCCCACACAAUACCUUUGACAAUACGGAUAUAGUCAAAAAACACUGAUCUGUACUUUGACUUGUCUUCUUGACUUUUAUGGUUUAUUUUGUGCAUCACUGAAACGGAAAAUUAACAGACCGAAAUGUUGUGUGCUUCAGUAUUAACUACGAAGACCUAUAUAUUGAAAGCCCCGAGUCCUUCCUUAGUACCGUCUCGUCCUAAAGACUAUGUAUGUGUGGCUUUCUUGGUGGUGAGUUUUUGGUGUUGAGUUUGUGGGGGUUCGGAAUGUGGGGGUCUAACAUUCUAAACCGUACGAAGAGAUGUAGGGAAAGGACCAAGUAGUUAAAGAGCAAUAGAUUGAAGCACCUUCUUCAUCACUCCUCGUAGCAUGAAUUUAUAGGAGUCAUUCGUUUAAUUGUUUUGUUUUGUA